AUGGUUUGCUGUGUCUUUGGCUGUACAAAUUCGCACACAACCAGCGCUUGUGAAUUUUACAAAUUUCCUAAACAUAAGCACAAAGAAGAUCAAAAGAAACUGUGGAUUGCUGCUGUACAGCGGAACCACCCCGAUGGAUCAAACUGGAUAUUAAAACCAAGUCAUGUUAUCUGCAGCCAGCAUUUUAUUGGAAAUAGGAAGUCAGAUUCUGUUUUAAGCCCUAGCUAUGUUCCUACUGUAUUUUCUUUGAAACAUCGCAACAAAAUUGAUGAAAAACAAGCUUUAAGCAGACAUGCUCGUUUUAUGAAACGCAGAAUGGCUGAUCAAUCAAAUGAAUUGAAUGUGGAAAAACCUCGCAGACAAUUAAAGCAACAAAAAGAACGUAUCAAUGGUUAUGAAAAUGGAAAUCAACAAAAUGAAAUUAUCAAUUAUGGAGAAAAUAGUGCAUUUGAUCGAAGUGUUAUUGUAGGAAAAGAAAAUGUGGACCAAGAAUGUCAAGUCGAGAUCGAAAACACUGAGCCUGUAUUCUACUACCACUCCGUUGACUAUACAUAG